AUGGAGACGAAAAAUAAUCAAUUGAAACUGGAAGCUAUCCGACGGCGGCUCCGGUAUCCAAAUCAAAGUUAUGUGGACCCUGUGGGCCUUUCUGGAGGUUUAGCUUUGUGGUGGUUGGAUGAGGUACAUCUACAGGUCAGUUUUAAGUCGGCAAAUCUCCUUAAUUGCCAUGUCUCUGAUAAUCUCCAUCAUUCCCCGUGGCUCGCUACUUUUGUUUAUGCACCCCCUAGAUGGACGGACAGGAGGGUAUUCUGGCAAGUUUUACAAGCAAUUGCACAGGACACCCAUGAUCCUUGGCUCUGUAUUGGUGAUUUUAAUGAAGUGGGGCAGUCUUGGGAGAAACAAGGCAGAGUUGUUUGUAACCGUGCGAGGAUAGAACAUUAUCAGAGGUUCGUAUCGGAGUGUCAACUUAUGGAUCUUGAAUACAAAGGCACCCCUUAUACCUGGACUAAUAACCAAAAAGGCAUCUGCAAUGUAAGGGAGCGACUGGAUAAAGCUUUGGUAACUGUUAAUUGGAGACUUUUAUUCCCCCAUGCCCAAGUUCAUCAUGAACCUUUUCUCGGCUCGGACCAUUGUCCCCUGCUUCUUCAUUGCCAAAUUCCUCCAAGGAAAGUGCCCCACCAGUUUAAGUUUGAGUCUAUGUGGACAACCCAUCCUGAGUGUGAAGAAAUUAUUAAGGCAAACUGGCUGAAAUUUCAACCGGGCUCUCCAAUUUCUAAAGUUUGUUUCAAGCUCCAAGCCUGUCAAAGAGGUCUGUCCGAAUGGAGUAAGCUGGCCUUUGGAAACAACCGAACAAGAUUGACGGCUCUGAAAACCAGACUUCAUCAACUACAGCUUCUCCCCUAUUCAGAUUCCAACGACUCCCAUAUUCGUCUCGUGCAAGCUGAAAUUGAGAUGGUUUUACUAAGGGAAGAAAUGUUCCAACAUCAGAGGUCUCGAAUCAAUUGGCUCAGUUAUGGGGAUCGUAACUCGGCUUUCUUUCAUGCUUCGGUUGUCCAGCGUAGGCAGAGAAAUCAAUUGGUCAAGCUCAAACUAGAUAAUGGCGUCUGGUUAGAGACUGAUAGUGCCAUUAAUGCUCACCUCUCCUCUUACUUUUCUCACCUUUUUCAAGCAAAGGGACCUAGAAAUUUUGAGGACGCUUUGGCAGCGGUGAAUCUGUCUGUGACUCAUUCAAUGAAUGACACUCUUCUAAGGCCAGUCGAUGAUGAUGAAGUCAAGCUUGCAACCUUUCAAUUGGGUCCUUUAAAAGCCCCAGGGCCUGAUGGGUUUCCCGGUCUGUUUUAUCAAAAGCAUUGGCAUGUGGUCGGCUCCGAAGUGUGCAAGGCAGUUCGUACCUUUUUCCAUACUGGCCGUUUACGCGAAGGUGUAAACCACACUAACCUUAUCCUUAUUCCCAAAGUGCAUGCCCCAGAAAAACUAAGUCAGUUUCGGCCUAUCAGCUUCUGCAACUUUUUCCUGAAAAUCAUCACAAAGGUGCUGGCCAACCGAUUCAAGGUCUGUAUCAAGCAACUUAUCUCCCCUCAGCAAGCGGCUUUUGUGCCUGGCCGCCUCAUCCAAGAUAGUAUUCUAAUUGCACACGAGGCCUUUCACUUUUUAAAACAUAAGAAGCAGGGGCGCCGGGGCUCUAUGGCUUUGAAACUCGACUUUAACAAAGCUUAUGACCGUAUUCAAUGGGACUUCUUACAAGCUACUCUUCUUCGUUUGGGAUUUCAUCACAAAUGGGUUCGUUUGGUCAUGGAAUGUGUGACUACAGUGGAGUUCUCAGUGUUCGUAAAUGGCGAGAGGCGUACCUCCUUUACUCCAUCAUGUGGGCUUCGUCAAGGUGACCCACUCUCACCAUAUUUGUUCCUCUUGGUUGCUGAUGUGCUUUCUACUUUAAUUCAUCACAGUCUUCUUUCCAAUGCGAUCACGGGAAUCCGGAUGCGUAGGACAUGUCCCCCACUAUCACAUCUGUUUUUCGCCGAUGAUGCCAUUAUUUUCUUUAAGGCUGAGCACUCUGAAGGCCUUCAUAUUCUGGAAAUUUUACGGAUCUAUAGUGAGGCAUCUGGCCAAAUUCUCAAUUUUGCUAAAUCUGGAGCUCUUUUCUCGGCUAACACCUCAGUCAGUGCUCGUCAGGCCUUGUGUCUUCUGUUGGGUGUUUCUGAAGCUAAUCCUAAAGCCAAAUACCUGGGCCUUCCAGCUUCAUGGGGCAAAUCUAAGACUGAAGCCUAUAGUUUUCUUCUGGAGAAAGCGUUGCUGAAAUUACAAGGAUGGAAAUCCAACUUAUUAUCUCCAGCAGGCAGAGAGACUCUCAUCAAGGCAGUUGUUCAGGCUAUCCCCUCUUACGCGAUGGCCUGUUUUGAGCUCCCUCAAGCGUUUUGCUCUAAGCUCAACAGCUUUAUUCGUAAUUUUUGGUGGAAGGGAGAUCCGGACAAUAGGGGCAUCUGUUGGGCUAAGUGGACACAUAUGACUAAUCCGAAAUCGGAAGGGGGUAUGGGAUUGCGUGAUUUUAAAGAUUUUAACCUCGCCCUUCUGGCCAAACAGGGCUGGAGAUUACUGUCUAAUCCGGACUCCUAUUGGGCUCGAAUGUACAAGGGACUUUAUUUCCCUCAUUCUUCCUUCUUACAAGCUACUAAGGGCUCAAAUGCAUCAUGGGCAUGGAACAGUCUGUUAAAGGGUCGCGAGUUGAUUCAGGCUGGUAUUCGGUGGCAAGUACAAUCUGGCCAGCAGAUUCGUCUAUGGGAGGAUCCGUGGAUUCCGUCCCUUAAAGGUUUCAAAAUCCUUUCAGCAAAGCCUCCCACCUGCGAUGUUCUGAUGGUGGCAGACGUAAUUGAUCAGGUUCAUAAGUCUUGGCAUUUGGACCCACUGUUGCACUGUCUUUCCCCAGCCGAAGUUGCAGCCAUAUCAGUUAUACCUAUUGCCAUGGAAGGACGUGAUGAUUCGGUCAUUUGGCACCACAACAAGUCCGGCCUCUACUCAGUUAAAUCAGGAUAUGCUCUCGCCAGAUCUCUUAGGGACUGGUCCUCGGAUACCUCCCCCUCAUCCUCUAUAUCCCUCGUCCAUAAUAUGUGGAAGAUUAUUUGGCGAUUAGAGACUCCACCCAAAAUUCGGCACUUUUGGUGGAAAGCCUGUCAUAACCUCCUUGCAACCAAAGCUGGUCUUUUCAGACGCAAAUGUGGCACUUCAGCGGUCUGCCCCAUCUGUCUUUCUGCAUCUGAAACAGUGGAACAUUUGUUGUUUGAUUGCUCUUGGUCCAAAGCUGUGUGGUUUGGAAGUUCCCUUAACCUUCGGAUAGACCUUGGCUCAAUCCCUAAUGUGUCUCAAUGGACCAGUGAUAUCAUUAGCCAAGCCUCCUCCCUCUCUGAUGCCAAGGCCUCCCUCAGCAAAAUUGCCACUGUGGGUUGGUUCAUCUGGAAAUCGAGGAACGAGUUCGUCUUCAAUAAUCUCCCAGUGGAUCCUAUGGCAACACUCCAUCGAAUUGCUCACUCAUGGACUGAAUCGACAGACCUUUUCAGCACUAUCACCCCUCAAGAACAUCGGCCUACUUCUAUGUCCUCUUCCCCUGUCUCAGGCUGGAUACCAGCCAGCUUUGGUUCUUUCAAGAUAAAUUGCGAUGCCUCUUUUUGCCAACGGACCUCCAGGGCUGCCAUUGCAGCAGUUGUUCGGGAUUCCAAUGGCCAACUAAUUGAUGGUAAUGCCAGGACUGUUUCGGCCUCUUCAGCCUCCCAAGCUGAGGCUUGCGCUGUCCGCAUGGCUUGCCUUAUGGUUAAGGCCCAUAACUUGUCCUUUGUGGAGAUUGAGAGUGACAACCAAAUGGUCAUCAAGCUGUGUGUUUCAGAACAGGUUCCUCCCUGGGAGUUGAGUGCCAUUAUUCUGGAUAUUCGCCACUUCGCUUCUGUCUAUCAUCUCUCCUUUUCGUGGACUCACAGAUCCAACAACCGGGUAGCCCAUUGGGUGGCCACAUCCCAAGCCUCUCAGGUUCUUCCUGUCUCCUGGGCAGGGUUUCCACCAGAUAGUCUCUUAUCCUUAUUAUCUACUGAUGUAUCUCCUGCUAAUGCAGCCUCUGUUGUUGGUUAA